AUGCCUCUUGAUCCCGAUAUACCUUUAGUUCCGGAAGAUCAUAAUAAUAUGGACGAGGCAGAACUAAAAACUUUUGCAAUGCUUGCAACAUUGGUGAAUAAUAAGAAGAAAUGUCAAUUCUACACUAAUCAACUUGGCUUGUGCCUAAAACGAGUGGAUGAGAUAAAGGAAGCUCAUCGCGCAGCUCUGCAGCAAAACGACACUUUACCAGAGUUACCAAAGUUGCUACAAGAGGACAUAGCAAAGUUUUGUGCAAAACUGCAGCCUUAUGCAUCUAUUCCUGUAGAUGUUUUCGCACAUUCCGACGAUUGCUGGUUGUCUGCAAUAGCUCCUGUGUUUGAGCGCAAAGUUAACUUCUAUCCACAGAAGCUGCCGGCGCCAGAGCUCAUGGAACUGUUUGGAGAAAGUCCUGUUACAAAAUCACUGAGCAUAGCCACAGGAAAAGAAGAUCUUUCUGAUCUCAACGCAGAUAAAGCUUUACUGACAGAAGAAGAGCAAGAGAAACUUGCCAAGGACAUAGACGGACUCUCAGAUGACUACAAAGUCAUGAUACUUGGCAUAAUUGCCGCAGAUGAAAACGUUGAAGUUCAUGCAGAUGAUGAAGACAUUUAUUUCGAUCUCACAAACGCGAAACCGUGCACAUUUCAUAGGUUGAAAGAAGCUAUUGCCACACUUCUGGAAGGAGAGCGUCUUCGUGGCAAGUUUGCUAAUGUUUGA